AUGCCUGGAGUUUCUGUAAAGGAUGUAAAUCAGCAGGAGUUCCUCAGAGCUCUGGCAGCCUUCCUCAAAGAGUCCAGGAAGCUGAAAGUCCCCGAAUGCCUGGACACAGUCAAUCCAGCUAAACAUAAAGAGCUUGCCCCCUCUGAUGAGAACUGUUUCUACAGAGAAGCUGCUUCCACAGCACAGAACCUGUACCUCCGAGGUGGUGCCGGGACACAAGCUAACACCACAGGGACAGAGAUCUGGACAGGUGGCAGCUGCCAACGAGAAGCACCAGAACAAAGGAUGCUGGGUUAA